CUGGGGACCUGACGCGCUCUGAGGAGACCUACAGCUUGCUGUGGAAGCCUUCAGCUAAUAUCUCCACUUUUCGACAUUUAGCCAUGGAGUCUUCCUCUGCUGAAACCAACUCAACUGGCCUACACUUAGAACCUCAGUAUCAACCCGAAACAAUUCUGGCCAUGGCCAUCCUAGGCCUCACUUUUGUUCUGGGGUUGCCCGGCAAUGGGCUGGUGCUGUGGGUGGCUGGCCUGAAGAUGCGGCGCACAGUGAACACAGUUUGGUUUCUUCACCUCACCGUGGCAGACUUCGUCUGCUGCCUCUCCUUGCCUUUCUCCAUGGCUCAUUUGGCUCUCCGAGGGUACUGGCCCUAUGGCGAGAUACUCUGCAAGUUUAUCCCAACUGUCAUCAUCUUCAACAUGUUCGCUAGCGUUUUCCUGCUUACUGCUAUUAGCCUGGACCGGUGCUUGAUGGUACUCAAGCCAAUCUGGUGCCAGAAUCAUCGCAAUGUGAGAACAGCCUGCAUUAUCUGUGGAUGCAUUUGGCUGGUGGCUUUUGUCCUGUGUAUACCUGUGUUUGUGUACCGAGAAACGUUCACUCUAGAAAACCACACUAUCUGUACCUAUAAUUUUAGUCCCGGAUCAUUCGACUAUUUAGACUACGCCUAUGACCGAGAUGCAUGGGGCUAUGGAACUCCUGACCCCAUUGUCCAGCUGCCUGGAGAAAUGGAACAUAGAUCAGAUCCUUCUUCUUUCCAAACACAGGAUGGCCCUUGGUCAGUCACCACUACCCUUUAUUCUCAAACAUCUCAAAGACCUUCUGAAGAUUCAUUUCAUAUGGAUUCUGCAAAAUUAUCUGGUCAAGGUAAAUAUGUUGAUGUAGUCUUACCCACAAACCUCUGUGGGCUUCCUAUGGAAGAGAACAGAACUAACACAUUGCAUAAUGCUGCUUUUCUCUCCUCUGAUUUAGAUGUCUCCAAUGCAACCCAAAAGUGCUUAUCCACACCUGAGCCACCACAAGACUUCUGGGAUGAUUUAAGCCCGUUCACACAUGAAUAUCGAACACCAAGACUUUUAAAAGUAAUAACCUUCACAAGACUAGUGGUGGGUUUCCUGCUGCCUAUGAUCAUCAUGGUGGCCUGUUACACUCUCAUCAUCUUCCGAAUGCGACGGGUCCGCGUUGUCAAGUCUUGGAACAAAGCCCUUCACCUGGCCAUGGUGGUGGUGACCAUCUUUCUUAUCUGCUGGGCUCCAUAUCAUGUUUUUGGAGUCCUCAUAUUGUUUAUUAACCCGGAAAGUCGCGUUGGGGCAGCUCUGUUGUCUUGGGACCACGUGUCCAUUGCUCUUGCAUCUGCUAACAGUUGCUUUAAUCCUUUCCUUUACGCCCUCUUGGGGAGAGAUCUUAGGAAGCGAGUGAGACAGUCCAUGAAGGGCAUUCUGGAGGCAGCCUUCUCUGAGGAUAUCAGCAAGUCUACCAGUUUUAUCCAAGCCAAAGCCUUUUCAGAAAAACACAGCUUGAGUACAAAUGUGUAAAAAUACAGAGCAGCCACCAGGCAUGGUGGUGCAUUCCUGUAAUCCCAGCACUUGGGAGGCUGAGGCAAAAGGAUUGUUGCAAAUCCAAGACCAACCUGGGCUACAAAGUGAGCCCAAGGCCAGCCUGAACUGCAUAGCAAGACCCUGUUUCAAAAAGAUAGAGCAGCCAACCUAAGAUAUUCCGAGGAGGGAUAUGCUAAUCAGAAACUAGCCAUCAAUCCAGUUGUUCUCACAGUAUAGGCCUGGACUAUAGACAGCACCCUGACCUGGAAAGUGUUAGAAAUGCAAGUCGCAUCCUGGGGUUCCUAAAUCAACACUUCUGGCUAUGGGGACCUGUUAAAUGUUUAAUAGGCCCUCUUGACUUUAGUUAAAGUAUGGUAUUUCCACACAUGCAUGCAGCAUACACUGAUCAAAUCCAACCCCUCGCCUUGACAAAUAUUCUUUGAGGUUAGCUCUUUUCAACUUCCACAUGUAAGAGCAUAUGCAUUACUUGUCUUUCUGUAUCUCCCUUAUUUCACUUACAUAAUCCCAUCUGUUUUCCUGCAAAUGAUAGGACUGUAUUCUUCUACAUAGCUGAAUAAGACUCUGUGGUUUAUAUAUACCAUUUCUUUCUCUGUUCAUCUGUUGAUGGGCACUUAGGCUGAUUCUGUACCUUACCAACAAUAAAGUGUGGCAAUAAACUUUCUU